GGUUUUGAUGAUUUUUGUGAGGACGCAGGUGAAAGAGUGGUAGGUAUGGCUUGGUGCAUCUCAAACACCGUUUCAUAUGGGUGGAACAGAAGCCCAUGUUGCUUAUUUGGUUGGAACAUAGGCAAGAAAAAAUCUGAUGACAGGCAACAGACCAAGUACCAUGACAUUGAUCUUCCUUUCUCACUUUCUCUUGUUGGCAAAACAUUCUUAAGGGGAAGGGAACUGAAAUGCUGCUACAAGGCCACCAUUGAUGGAUUUAGCGCAACCAACUUCCACAAUUGCUGUGACUUCAAGGGGCCAUGCGUGAUAAUAGGCUACACAAACAAGUCCUUCAAGUUUGGUGCAUUUAACCCUGAAGGUUACAGAAGCACUGAUGAUUAUUAUGAUACUUUUGAUGCAUUCCUAUUCUAUUGGACAGACAGUGAGAAAAUUGAGCCCAUCAUUCUACCCAAGGUAGGGGGAAGUGGUGCAGCACUUUUCGAUUAUGCUAGGGGCGGGCCCCAAUUUGGGGCUGACGGGCUGCUCAUCGGGCCUCCUCUAGCACCGGUUAUGGGCGGGUUUGCAGGGCCAGACACCAAUUCAGGAAUUGGAGAUCUGAGGCAAGCUAAAUCUAGAUUAGGAUUGUCAUAUGCAAAAAGGGAAGAUGGGAAAGAGUCUUUGUUUGGAGUUGUGAAUAAGGCUACCCUUGAAGAAGUGGAAGUUUUUUGCAGUCCUCAAAUUGCAAGCUUAUACUAAAGUGAUUAACUACAAGUAAGUUGUAAAUGUUUUCAGUGUAGCAGGUAAUAUAUUUGGUGAUCAAAAAUCAUUUUAGGCA